GGUAUCACAAGAUGGCGGGGGAACGGCGGGGCGGGGGGAAAAAACCUACAGCGUAAAAUGAUAAAAAAAAAAAAGAAAAGAAAAACAAGUUUUGUUUGCAACGUUAAGUUGGGAGAAAAUCAUUAUAAAAAUGAUCAGAAAAUAUUUAUAUUAAAUUACUAAAAACAAAAACAAAAACAAAACAAAAACAAAAAGAAAAACGUCACUUCCGGUAGCAGCGCGAUGACGUUGGGUUCCCGCACUUUUCCAAAAUUUGAAUCUGAGAGCCUGCACGAGAACAUCUAACGUAGAAGGCCACAGCAUGCUGAGUGCUUUCAUGGGAUAAAGUUUGACUGACAUGGGCAAGAUUUCUGUUAGACGUCGAUCGAAAAAGAGACGAUCAAACUCCAUACAGAGUGAAGAAGUCAGCCCCGUUAAUGUGAAAGAAGAGAGCGAGAUUCCCGAGAACAGCUUCUCUGAGCCGCGACCAAAUCAGCCUGCUGGGUUUAAUGUUUCAACCCCGUCCACUCCCACCUCGGUGAGCUUUAACACUUCAGCCGUUGAUCGAAGUCACGUUAUUUCUCCAGGAUUUUGCCAUAAUAAUGUCGGACAAUUAACGAUCAACAACAAUGUUGUGAUCGGACCUGACACCAGGGAGAGAAAACACGUAAAUCAGGAUGGGGUAUCUGACAUUGACACCUCCACGACAACUAUUUUAAGGACUCCGAAAAAAUCCAAGAAGUCAAGGAGAAGUCGAUGUUCUGCCGCCAGACGAUCUCUCGUCCCCUUCUGUAGAGAACAUGCCAUCGUGGGUGAGAUUACUGGAGCUCUCGUCACCUCUGAGUAUCACUGCAGUGAAUGUAGCUUCAAAAUUCCUUCCUGGAAACCUCCACGCUUUAGAGUCCGUUGCCCCAGGUGCAAGAUGAGCUGGAGGUGCGAUAAAGUCCAAUGUACUUGCAAAGCUAAAAUAACCCUGGAGCAGCCCAGUGGGCAGACGCAGAGGGUCACGCUGGACGAUUCCCUCCUGCGCUCCAUCGUUAGGUUUAAACAACAUGGCUACUGCAAGACGGAGAGCAUCGAGAACAAGGUUCUGAAGGUUGGGAGUGUGAAAGUGGUGUAUGAUGAUGGAGUUGUGAGGAGCGUGACGAAGAUUUCGUCUGGGUCCAUGUCUCUCCCUGAUAUGCCCGAUGACUUGCCGAGAGAUUCUGAUUAGGAAUUCUGGACUCUAGUAUUGUAAUAAAGAAGGAAAGAAGGGCAUUACCACUGUUCUAGUAAAAAAAAAAAAAUCAACAGUCCAAAAGUUACAUUAACAUUUAUGUGGGGAAAGUUCCUCGUAUUCAGAAUGGGGUUACACACACACUUAGGCUGAAUAUCUGGGCUCUCUGGGUUGCCAGAUGUUCUUGAAGUGGAAGCGUUUUUUUUAAAUGUGUCUAGACCACCACCUUUAAUGAUGCCAGUGUUCACGUUAAUGUCGCAGUACCAUUAAAUAUUACUCAUAUUAAUGUUUAAUACUGGUCUCAAUCAUUCCACAGUUUAUUUAAGUGCAUUUCAUACAUUUCAUUGUGAACUAUUGUGGUUACAUCAAUCUGUCAGAGUGUUGCUGGACUUAAUACUGCUCCUCACUUGACCUCAUAUCAUGCAAGAAAAAUGCUCUUAAGUUUACAUUUACAUUUACAUUUAUGGCAUUUGGCAGAUGCUCUUAUCCAGAGCGACUUACAAUAGUGCUUUGAAGUCUAUCAAAAAUACAUUCUGAUACUCGCUCACUAGGUCACAAACUAGGAAUACCAUCAGUCCAAAAACUCUGUUGGGGAUUUUUUUUUUUUUGUAGAAGUGCUAAUUUAAGUACUUUAUGAAGAGGUGAGUCUUUAGACGUUGUUUGAAGACUGCCAGUGACUCAGCUGUUCAGACAUCUAGGGGAAGUUCAUUCCACCACCUUGGUGCCAGAACAGAGAAGAGUCUCAGUCAUGCCUUCCUUGUACCCUGAGAGAUGGAGGGACCAGUCGAGCAGUGCUAGAGGAUUGGAGGGAGCACAGUGCAGUGCGAGGUGUGAUAAGUGCUUUGAGAUAAGUGGGUGCUGGUCCGUUUUUGGCUUUGUAGGUGAGCAUCAGUGUUUUAAAUCUGAUGCAGCAGCUACAGGAAGCCAGUGGAGGGAGCGCAGCAAUGGGGUGGUGUGGGAGAAUUUAGGAAGGUUGAAAACCAGUCGUGCAGCUGAAUUCUGGAUCAGUUGCAGAGGACGAAUGGCGCUCAGAGGCAGACCUGCCAGGAGCGAGUUGCAAUAGUCCAGUCUUCAAAUGACAAGGGACUGAACAAGCACCUGAGUGGCCUGUGUGGAAAGAAAUGGACGAAAUCUUCUGAUGUUAUAAAGGAGAAAUCGACAUGAACGUGUCAGAUUAGCAAUGUGAGAGGAGAAGGACAGUUGAUUGUCCACGGCUACUCCAAGGUUUAGUUCAGAAUAAUGUGUAACUCAGCCACACCUCUGUUUUUCUCAGUCUCCACCCAGCCUGUAUGAGUCUCGCGUAAUUCCCGAGUAACGCUUAAGUCUGAAGUUGCGUCUGAGAUCUAAUUAUCGAUGUGCACAAUUUCGCUAUUAAAUCCUCACUUUGGUGAACUGAAUUUAGGCUCCUCAGCUACUGCGUAUGUGUGUUUUUCCUUAACAGAGCAAAGUGCUAAAACAUCUGCACAUACCUUAGUGUAAGCAUCACAUAGGCUGGUGUUUUCCACUAACCUCUUGAUCAACAAGGUGAUUUUUAACCAAUAGUGUUAUCAUUAAUGGAGGGACUGUUGAGCAUUACUGUUGCACUAUAUAUAUUUUCAUGCCGUAUCUGUCCACAGAUCUGUGGCACGACACUGAGGCGGACUGCGUAUGUGUUUGAGAGUCUACUUUUUUGGGGACAUAUGAAAAAGGCAAUAUAUAAAUGAUAUAAAGUAUAUAAAGUUUGCAAAACAUUAAUUGCAGGUUGUGUUUUUUUUUCUUUUUUGUUCCAAUUUGUUCUUGUUUUAUUUUAUAUUUUGUCAUUAAAGUAACACUGUCUCAGGGUUGAACACCAGCGGGUAAUUACACUGAUGAACUGAUGUGUACUGACAAUGAAAUUCAUUUGCAGAACUUUUGAAUAUUCAAGAAUAAAAAAUGUGGUGAAGAUGUA